CCAGUUCUAGCUAGGAGACGGACGCCGCACGCGGCAUUCGCCUAUAAGAAGGGCGGAGGUGAGAGAAGAGGGGGAGCACUCCGUCUAGUCUCUGCUGAUUGAUCUCGGUCUGAAUUCUUCGCUGGUUUCGAUUGGGGUUCUGGAGGAGCUGAAAAAAUGGGGAUUGGCGAUGCCUCACCUAGUGAAACAAGAGAUGAGACCAUGCCACUUCUCCCGUUCAACGAGGAACAGGGAAUACUGGGAUACAGUAUCCACGAGUUCAAUGGAGCUUCUUUCUCCGGCGCGGUUUUCAAUCUGUCGACGACCAUCGUAGGGGCUGGGAUCAUGGCCCUGCCGGCGAGCAUCAAGAUGCUAGGCAUUGUACCUGGUAUCCUGAUGAUCGUCCUCGUGGCGUUUCUCACCGAGGCGUCCAUCGACAUGCUGCUCAGGUGCAGCCAUGAGGGCGAGAUUACGUCCUACGGCCGGCUGAUGGGCAACAGUUUUGGUCGAUGGGGGAGGAUCGCGCUGCAAGCAUCUGUGGUGAUAAACAACCUCGGCGUCAUGAUUGUAUACAUGAUUAUCAUUGGUGACGUGCUAUCCGGAACAUCUACAAACGGUGUUCAUCACCGUGGUGUCUUUGAGGGAUGGUUUGGAUCUCAAUUGUGGAAUUCUCGGCCGGUUGUUCUCCUCGCCACGACUAUUUUUGUGUUUGCUCCAUUGGUGAGCUUUAAGAAAUUGGAUUCAUUGAAAUACACAUCUGCUAUAUCAGUUGCUCUUGCUGUGGUUUUUGUUGUGAUCACUGCUGGAAUCGCUAUUGUCAGACUCAUCCAAGGAACUGCUGAGAUUCCUAAACUCUUCCCUAAGAUAGAUGAAAAUAAUUCCAUCUGGGAACUCUUUACAGCUGUACCGGUUCUUGUCACUGCCUACAUUUGCCACUACAAUGUUCACAGCAUCGAUAAUGAGCUGGAAGAUAGAACUCAGACGAAGCCCAUAGUGCAAACUUCACUGGCUCUCUGUUCAACUGUCUAUGUUGCGACAGGCUUGUUUGCGUAUCUCCUGUUUGGCGAGGGUACACUGUCCGAUGUGCUCGCUAAUUUUGACUCUGACCUCCGUAUUCCAUUCAGCGAUGUCUUCAAUGAUGUAGUGAGAGUGAGCUAUGUAGUCCAUGUCAUGCUCGUCUUCCCUAUAGUCUUCUUUGCCCUUAGGCUCAACUUCGAUGGACUGCUAUUCCCCACCUCAGGGCACAUUUCUCUUGACAACCGAAGGUUCACCAUUAUCUCAAUCUCACUCCUUGUUGUGAUUUAUCUUGCUGCUAACUUCAUACCGAGCAUCUGGGAUGCGUUCCAAGUCACCGGUGCCACGGCUGCUGUCCUUAUUGGCUUCAUAUUUCCUGCUAUGAUCAUACUGAGGGAUUCUUAUGGAGUUGCAACCAAGCGCGACAAGAUUUUAGCUGUAACCAUGAUAGUGCUUGCUGUGCUCUCAAAUUUGGUGGCCUUAUACACUGAUGCGCUGAACAUUAUAUACAGGAAGGCGGAGGUCUAGGCGCUGUACUCUUAUGGGAAUAAUGGUGUUUUUUGACUUAAUUAUUAGGAAGUCAAGCAAUAUGAUUUCAUCGGAAGAAAAACAAUAUGGUUUCAUGGAGGCUCCUAAAUUUUUUUUUGGCACUUAGAAAGGAUCUUCCUUACUGCACAUGUCUAUUUUUUGCGAAUAUGUAAGCCGACUUAACAUUAUGAGCAUUUUCUGAUGCUGUGGGUUGGUGUUUUUUUUUUCUAAAUGGGAGCAUAGCCGCUGUGGUCGGUGUUUGUAUCUUUUCCAAGAAAGGGAACAAUUAUGGUUCUCUACAUGUUUAUUCGAUCAUUUUGAAAUGAUAAUGAGAGAGCUGUUUAUAUAUUCACUAAUGCUCAGUGAAAGAUUAAACCGUUCUAGGCAUUGUUGUGGAUAUGUUAUGAAAUUGGCGGCAACUGGAUUUACUUC